CUGAUGUCUUACUGUUACAGGAAAUGAUUCAUGUGAAUACCUUCUCUCAAGUGGCAGAUUUCUUGGAGAAAAAGUUUGGCAACCUCACAGCUGCAUGAUGCAUAAAUACAAAAUCAGUGAAGCAAAGAACUGCCUUGUAGAUAAGCAUGUUGCAUUUAUUGGAGAUUCCAGAAUUCGUCAGUUGUUUUAUUCUUUUGUAAAAAUAAUUAAUCCCCAGUUCAAAGAAGAAGGAAAUAAGCAUGAAAACAUUCCUUUUGAAGACAAGAUUGCAUCAGUUAAAGUGGAUUUUCUGUGGCACCCAGAAGUUAAUGGUUCUAUGAAAGAGUGUAUCAAAAUGUGGACGGAGGAUUCUGCUACAAAGCCCCAUGUGAUUGUAGCAGGAGCUGCCACAUGGUCCAUCAAGAUUCACAAUGGUAGCAAUGAAGCACUUUCUCAGUAUAAAGUGAAUAUUUCUUCCAUAGCACCACUUCUAGAAAAAUUGGCAAAGACUAGUGAUGUCUACUGGGUCUUACAAGAUCCUGUUUAUGAAGAUCUAUUAAGUGAAAAUAGGAAAAUGAUCACCAAUGAGAAGAUAGAUGCUUACAAUGAAGCUGCAGUCAGUAUUUUGAAUAGUAGCACCAGAAAUUCUAAAUCAAAUGUUAAGAUGUUCAGUGUUUCCAAAUUAAUUGCUCAAGAAACCAUCAUGGAAUCUUUGGAUGGCUUACAUCUUCCCGAAUCAAGCAGAGAAACUAGUGCAAUGAUUCUUAUGAACGUGUAUUGCAAUAAGAUUUUGAAGCCUGUAGAUGGUUCCUGUUGUCAACCUCGGCCUCCCCUUACUCUCAUACAGAAGCUAGCUGCUUGUUUUUUCACUUUCUCUAUUAUUGGAUAUAUAAUUUUUUAUAUAAUUCAUCGUAAUCCUCAUCGGAAGAAUAAGCCAUUUAGUGAUUUGGAAAGCGGAGAGGAAAAGAAAAAUAUUAUCAAUAUCUCCUUGUCUCCAUUAGAAAUACUUUUACAGUCUUUCUGCAAACUUGGCCUGAUCAUGGCAUAUUUCUAUAUGUGUGACCGUGCGAAUCUGUUUAUGAAGGAAAAUAAAUUCUAUACACAUUCAUCUUUCUUUAUUCCAAUUAUCUACAUAUUGGUUUUGGGAGUAUUUUACAAUGAAAAUACUAAAGAGACUAAAGUGUUAAAUAGAGAACAAACAGAUGAAUGGAAAGGCUGGAUGCAACUUGUGAUUUUAAUUUAUCACAUCUCUGGAGCAAGUACAUUUUUGCCUGUGUACAUGCACAUUAGAGUUCUGGUUGCUGCAUAUCUUUUUCAGACAGGGUAUGGACAUUUCUCGUACUUUUGGAUCAAGGGAGACUUUGGAAUUCAUAGAGUAUGUCAGGUCUUAUUUCGUCUCAAUUUCCUAGUAGUGGUGUUAUGUAUAGUAAUGGAUCGACCUUAUCAGUUCUAUUACUUUGUCCCCUUGGUCACUGUAUGGUUUAUGGUCAUAUAUGUUACUUUAGCAUUGUGGCCACAGAUAAUCCAAAAAAAAGCAAACGGAAAUUGUUUCUGGCAUUUGGGCUUACUGUUGAAACUAGCCUUUUUGCUGUUAUGCAUAUGUUUUUUGGCAUAUUCUCAGGGUGCGUUUGAGAAGAUCUUUUCUCUUUGGCCAUUGUCCAAGUGUUUUGAACUGAAAGGGAAUGUAUAUGAAUGGUGGUUCAGAUGGAGGUUAGACCGUUAUGUAGUCUUCCAUGGAAUGCUGUUUGCUUUCAUUUAUCUGACUUUACAGAAACGCCAAGUACUUUCUGAAGGAAAGGGUGAACCUCUUUUUUCAAACAAAAUUUCAAACUUUCUGUUGUUUAUUUCAGUAGUUUCUUUCUUGACCUAUUCCAUCUGGGCUAGCAGUUGUAAGAACAAAGCAGAGUGCAAUGAAUUGCACCCUUCCAUUUCUGUGGUACAGAUUUUAGCCUUCAUCCUAAUAAGGAACAUCCCCGGAUAUGCACGUUCAGUUUACAGUUCAUUUUUUGCUUGGUUUGGAAGAAUUUCAUUAGAGCUAUUUAUUUGCCAAUAUCAUAUAUGGCUGGCAGCAGACACAAGGGGCGUCUUGGUGCUCAUACCUGGAAACCCAGUGCUCAACAUCAUCGUCAGCACUUUCAUCUUUGUCUGUGUGGCACAUGAAAUUUCUCAGAUCACUAAUGACCUUGCACAGAUCUUUAUUUCUAAAGAUAAUUCAUCUCUCCUGAAAAGGCUGGCAUGCAUAGCUGCAUUUUUUUGUGGACUACUCAUCUUAUCAUCCAUUCAAGAUAAAUCGAGACAUUAGGUUACUACAAUUCUAAAAAAAACUUACUUUCAGGCUUACUUUGUGUUUGCCUGGAGGAAAAAAAAGCAUCUAUCUGGAGAUAUAAAUGUUUGUAUAAAUAUAAAUGUAUGGUGAGAGGACAGUUUAGUGAUGUCUGUUGAGCUUUUGGUUGUAUAUAUUGGAAAUGUACAUAUCCAAUGUGAAGUACUUAAAAAAAAAAAAAAAAAA